AUGUCUUCGGUGCCAGCGAAGAAGAACAGGAAGGUCUCGUGUGUCCACUGCCGCAAGCUCAAGCGGAAAUGUGACGGUGAGCUGCCUUGCCUGAACUGCCAGAAACGCAACAUCGUUUGUGAGUAUUCCCUGACUGACCGCCGCUCCCAGCGUUUCUCACUAGUGUACAUUAAAUCUUUGGAGACGAACGCUGAAAUAUACGAGAACAUCCUAAAUGAGUUGAUUCUGUUGAGAGGCGACAAGGAGGCUCUUGUGGCCAAGCUCGAGUCUCUAGAAUCGACGUUCCCUUUGACGGCCCCUCUGCGUCCGUUGGCGCAGGUGCUGGAGGAAAUGGCCUCCAUUCAGAGAUCUGAAGAGAGCGCAGAGUCUGAGAGAGCUCAUCUUGAUGACGAGGAAAACUAUUAUGGCCCAGGGUCCAUAUACCAUUUUGGUGAAUACACCACUCCUGAGCUGCUGAAGGAGCUGCCGCUGGAACGGAUCAUCAGCAGCUUGGAGACGGUCCACACGAACUACAACUUCAUCAAGAGUGUAGUGGUUAACUUUUUCACUCACCAAUGGCCCUCCUCCAACUCGUACUAUCUCGACAAAAAUGCCAUUCUAACUGAUCUUCACAAGGGCAAUGUCUUUGAGAGCCCCCACCUCUCAGAGGAGCUUUUGUAUGCCAUUUGUGCUAAUUCAGAGCUGCUCUCGUACGAGGAAGCAGAUUCUUAUCGGCUUUUGGCCCUUAGCAAGGUCUACCCGGCUGAGGUGAAGCUGUCGAUUCCUUUGGCUCAAGCGUAUAUGCUACUAGCAGCGCACGAGUUUUCUUUGGGAAAAGUAACCAGUGGUUGGCAACUCUCAGGUUCCGCAAUGCGGAUGGGUUAUGAUUUGGGCUUUCAUCAUUAUGGCGGUCCUGACGCUACUCCUCAGAAAAACAGACUUUAUUUCGGCUUCAUGUACAUCGAUUCGUACAUUUGCAUGGCUGUGGGCAGACCUUACACGAUUGAAUUGAAAAACAUGGUGGUGGACAGAAUACCGCAAGAAGAGGAUACUGACUUUUAUAAUCUUCGGGACGUGGUGCUGCUAUUGGAGCUUGCAAGACCAAUGCUAAAAGCUACUUACGAGCCUGUGCUGUUUAACAAAGACCCUCGCAUCAAUUACUUACUCAAAUUUAAUCGUUCAAAAAUGUUCAACGUGAAGAUCUUGAAGUGGAAGUCGGAUUUGCCUGCUCUGUCACAUUGGCUGCUUGCGCUGCUCAAGGCUCACGAUGAUUUGGCUUUUCAAAAUCACAACCUAAAGUUCCUCUAUUGGUAUGUCUUGUUAUUUGUGAACAAGCCUUUCUUGCAUGUUCCACGCCAAUAUCUGGCAGCUUACAUUAUAGAGGAGAUGUCAAAAGAAGUAUGCCUCAUUGUUAACCUGCGUCUUGAACGUAUGGAGGUGGAAACAAGGUCACUGCAAUUGUUCCCACCUGACUCAUUUAAGUUCGUCCGAUAUGAACAAACUGACCCUUACCACUGGGCAACCAUGGAUGUCUGUAUGAUUACGCUUCUAUCUCAUGUUAUUGUUACAUUAAUCAUGGAUCAUCCCACACAUUAUCUAUAUCUAGAAAAACAUCUCAAGACAUUCACGCGGUAUCUCAAUGGUGUCAGCGCUCGAAAGUAUAAGUGCAAGAGCAAUGCCAUGGAGCGUCUUCUAAAGAGAUACUUUGAGUGGAAAUCGACUCGCGGAGAUCUAACGAGCAAGCAGUCAACUUCCCUGAUGGACACUGGCGUCUACGAAAUGAAGCAGCUCAAGGAAACCAUAGAUAUGCCUGAUGAGUCGCCCUACUCGACGCUGACAAGCACAGAUCACGAGACACCAGGUUCAAACUACGGAGUCACUUCUGGAAGCGACUCCAUGCUGCCGUCUGAUAGAAAGCUCGAUGAUAAGACGUCCACCAACCAAGACCCUCAAAUACUGGGAAGAUCUUCUCAAAGGCCUCCUACUAUCGAGGAGGAACCAAUCUUCAGUCAAAACACAGUGUAUGAUGCUGCUAUGCAGCAAGGACAGGUAGGCACAUUUCCACAGCCAUCAGCGCCAACGAUGGAACAAGGUAAGUUUGAUAACUCACAGGUGAGACCUCCAUACUUUGUUCCUCCAAUGCCUGAGUAUGCUCAAUACCCAAUGGCCCAGCAGCCACAAGCGUACAUUCCACCACAGCAAGUACCACCACCGCCACCACAUGCUUCCUCGUUUCAUGCUCCUCCUCCCGAUACCAAGCCUUACAACGAGCUACCGCCCAAUGUGCAACCCAAUGUUAUACCGCCAAAUGCUCCUUCGGAUCAUCCAAUGUUGUAUGAACCAACGCCACAGUCAACUCACCAAAAUAUUCAUAGCGGAACGCAGAGCACCGUGAGUGUUCCUCUUUCAACGAUGCCUACAGAUCCUUCCCUUUCAAGUGUGCCCCAGAUCACUCCAAACCAAUACCCACAGCAAUACCAGCAACCAUUUGAGCACCAGCCUCAAGGCAGAGAAGAGCAGGCAGAACCAAUUAACGCAUAUGAUCAAGGUAACGUCCAAAGCGCUCCAUUCUACCAGGCCCAGAUGCAGCAAAUGCAACCAUCGCAAUCCUACACGGAUUUCCUGGGAGAACAGGCGCCUAAGGAUUCGGACAUGGUUGGGCAGAUCAUAGAGACGUUGUUUAGAAACACAGGAGAAGAGUUUGAAGCGCCAAUUGAUCAGUUUAAUUGGGAGAAGCUUUUCGAUGAGAAGUAUGCUGUGAUGGGUUAG